AUGAUUUAUAGGGAAGAUUUCGACAAAACAUUUGUAAUAAUAUUAUCAUCUAUAUUAGUAGUGGAAAUGCUAAUAGGUCUGACGGCUAAUAUUUGUGUGUUGGUCGUUGGUCGCGAUGUGAUGAAACGAUACUGGGAAAAAGGAAAUAAUUUCAAUAUGAAUCUCCACGUGGUGGAUUCUGUGAUAUGUAUCUUUACCAUUCCAUUAACCAUGGUUUAUCUCUUAACUUCAAGAUUUCAACAUCCUAUAUUCUGUCUAGUGUUUGAAGGAGCUGUUUCUUUCACCAGCAGUGCCAGUUCUUUAACACUAUUCUUCAUCUGUUUAGAUCGCUACUUUGCAAUGACAGCACCAACUGAACCAUGUGUAAUUUCAAGACGGACUAAUGUAUUUAUAGCUCUAGUUUGGCUAGGUGCAUGCUUUGCCUUCUGUGCACCGUUUUUUGGUUUUGAUGUGGAAUUAUUUCACACAACGAAUUGGACUCAUUCUACCUGUGGUGAUAUAUUGUGGCAAAUGGAUGAUGGUUAUUUUUAUGAACUUAUUUAUAUCAUAGCAUUCCUUAUGACUGUUAUAGCCAUGAUAUUGUUUUAUUGCUCUGUCAAGAGAAUUUAUAAGAAGCGAAAUGCAGUAAGAACAGCACUAGUGAAUGCUUCUUUACCUUUUGGUAUGAAAGGUGCAACUCCGCGAGGUGAAAACAAAGGUGCAGUGUUAUCUAUGGGAAUUGUGUUUGCUUUCCUAGUAUUUUGGGGACCUCAUUUAGUAGUGACAAUAAUAACUAUGUUUGUAAGAGAUUCGCUGUUUCUGGAUGUUACUCAGAUUCUAUGCUUAGUUUUCGCCUUUUUAACACCAGUCAUCCAUCCUAUACUUUAUGCAGCACUGAGACCAAAGUUUCGUGAAAUGUUAAAACGGAAAUUAACGCGUGAUACUGUGGCAAUAGGUUGUGCUUCAUACAAUAAAGAUAGAGCUCUAGCAACUAUUGAGGUACCGCGCACCAUAUCAUGA